GAGAGACAGCAGCGGCGCGGCGGGCGCUCCUGGCGCUCAGCGUCUGCAGCUGGUAUUUUUCCACGGGCCUGGCCUGCUCGCCGGGGCCUAGCGUCUCCCAGCCGGCCGGAGCCCGAGAGAGGGUUAACAGGCAGGAAGCUGAAGGCAUCGCAGACUCCGACGGAAGUCAGAUUUUUGUUUAACUGACUGGUCUAGCAGGCCUCGGCGUGGGGGAGGAGGGCGCCGGGAAGGGAAGUCUAGCUUUGGGCAUGUGGCCUGCUAGAAGCGCCUGGGGCUGGCCUUGGGGACAGCUCUUGCUCGCCAGAGCCUCACAAAGAUAAUCGCUCAGGAAGUGUCUCAGCCAAUCCCGGGCGGCCUUACAGUCGGAUUCGCCGCGCCGGCCAAUCGGGGAUGAGCUCUUAUUAGGCGGCCAGAUCAUCAAGCCGAAGUGCCAAACCCUUUUUCUGUGAGAACUAGGAGCCUGUCCUCCAUGUUUUAUAAGUAUUGACAUUACACAGUGUUAACAAUGCAUCCACAGAGCUUGGCUGAAGAGGAAAUAAAAACAGAACAGGAGGUGGGAGAGGGCAUGGAUAUCUCCACUCGCUCCAAAGACCCCGGCUCCGCGGAGAGAACGGCCCAGAAGAGAAAGUUUCCUAGCCCUCCGCAUUCUUCCAAUGGCCACUCGCCACAGGACACCUCCACGAGCCCCAUUAAAAAGAAAAAGAAGCCGGGCUUACUCAACAGUAACAAUAAGGAGCAGUCAGAACUAAGACAUGGUCCGUUUUACUAUAUGAAGCAGCCACUCACCACAGACCCUGUUGAUGUUGUACCGCAGGAUGGACGGAAUGAUUUCUACUGCUGGGUUUGUCACCGGGAAGGCCAAGUCCUUUGCUGUGAGCUCUGUCCCCGGGUUUAUCACGCUAAGUGUCUGAGACUGACUUCGGAACCAGAGGGGGACUGGUUUUGUCCUGAGUGUGAGAAGAUCACAGUGGCAGAAUGCAUCGAGACCCAGAGCAAAGCCAUGACGAUGCUUACCAUCGAACAGCUGUCUUACCUGCUGAAGUUUGCCAUUCAGAAAAUGAAGCAGCCAGGGACAGAUGCAUUCCAGAAGCCUGUUCCGUUGGAACAACAUCCCGACUACGCGGAAUAUAUCUUCCAUCCCAUGGACCUUUGCACGUUGGAAAAGAACGCUAAAAAGAAAAUGUACGGCUGCACGGAAGCCUUCCUGGCGGACGCCAAGUGGAUCUUGCACAACUGCAUCAUUUACAAUGGGGGAAAUCACAAAUUGACACAAAUAGCGAAAGUAGUCAUCAAGAUCUGUGAACAUGAGAUGAAUGAGAUCGAAGUCUGUCCAGAGUGUUACCUUGCUGCUUGUCAAAAACGAGAUAACUGGUUUUGCGAGCCCUGUAGCAAUCCACAUCCUUUGGUCUGGGCAAAACUGAAGGGGUUUCCGUUCUGGCCUGCCAAAGCCCUGAGGGACAAAGAUGGGCAGGUGGAUGCUCGAUUCUUUGGACAACACGACAGGGCUUGGGUCCCGAUAAAUAACUGCUACCUCAUGUCUAAAGAAAUUCCUUUUUCUGUGAAAAAGACGAAAAGCAUCUUUAACAGUGCAAUGCAAGAGAUGGAAGUUUACGUGGAGAACAUCCGCCGGAAGUUUGGGGUGUUCAACUACUCCCCAUUCCGGACGCCCUACACGCCCAACAGCCAGUACCAAAUGCUGCUCGACCCCAGCAACCCCAGCGCCGGCGCCGCCAAGGUGGACAAGCAGGAGAAGGUCAAGCUCAACUUCGACAUGACGGCGUCCCCCAAGAUCCUGAUGAGCAAGUCCCUGCUGAGCGGGGGGCCCGGCCGCAGGAUCUCCCUCUCCGACAUGCCCCGCUCGCCCAUGAGCACAAACUCCUCCGUGCACACGGGCUCCGACGUGGAGCAGGACCCCGAGAAGAAGGCCACGUCCAGCCACUUCAGUGCCAGCGAGGAGUCCAUGGACUUCCUGGACAAGAGCACAGCUUCCCCAGCGUCCCUGAAGACAGGCCAAGCCGGGAGUCUGUCAGGCAGCCCGAAACCUUUCUCACCACAAGCAUCGACACCCAUCACCACGAAAACGGACAAAGCGGCCACGACGGGCAGCAUCCUGAACCUGAACCUGGACCGGAGCAAAGCCGAGAUGGACUUGAAGGAACUGAGUGAGUCGGUGCAGCAAGCCACCCCCAUCCCGCUCGUCUCUCCCAAGCGCCAGAUCCGGAGCCACUUCCAGCUGAACCUCGACAAGACCAUCGAGAGCUGCAAAGCCCAGCUAGGCAUAAAUGAGAUCUCGGAAGAUGUUUAUACGGCCGUAGAGCACAGUGACUCCGAGGACUCGGAGAAGUCCGAGAGUAGCGACAGCGAGUACAUCAGUGACGAUGAGCAGAAGGCCAAGAACGAGCCGGAGGAGACGGAGGACAAGGAGGGGGCCCACCUGGACAAGGAGCCGCCGGCCACCGCCAAGAAGCCCAAGCUGGCGAACCCCGCGGAGACCAAGGAAGAGCUGAAAGGCGCCUCGCCAGCCAGCGAGAAGGCCGAUGCGGACCCCCCGGCCAAGGACAAGGCCAGCCCCCAGCCCGAGAAGGAUUUUCCGGAAAAAGCCAAACCCUCACCCCACCCCGCCAAGGACAAACUGAAGGGGAAGGACGAGACGGACACCGCCACCGUGCAUUUGGGCCUGGACUCCGAUUCCGAGAGCGAACUGGUCAUUGAUCUCGGAGAAGACCAGACGGGGCGGGAGGGUCGGAAAAAUAAGAAGGACCCCAAAGAGCCGUCUCCCACGCAGGAUGUCGUGGCCAAAGCGCCACCAACCACGGCGGCGGCGGGCAGCCUGUCUCCCCCGGAAACGCCCGUCCUCACCCGCUCCGCCUCGCAAACGCCCACGGCUGGGGUCACCGCCACCACCAGCACCGCGUCCACCGUCACGGCCCCGGCGGCCGCCGCCACGGGAAGCCCGGUGAAAAAGCAGAGGCCGCUCUUGCCGAAGGAGACCGCCCCGGCCGUGCAGCGGGUCGUGUGGAACUCAUCAAGUAAGUUUCAAACGUCCUCCCAAAAGUGGCACAUGCAGAAGAUGCAGCGCCAGCCGCCGCCACAGCCGCCGCCACCGCAGCCGCCUCUGUCUUCCCAGGGGACGAGAUACCAGACCAGACAGGCUGUGAAAGCUGUGCAGCAGAAGGAGAUCACGCAGAGCCCGUCCACCUCCACCAUCACCCUGGUGACCAGCACCCAGCCGUCCUCCCUGGUCACCAGCUCCGGGGGCACCAGCACCCUGGCCUCCUCCAUCAGCGCUGACCUCCCCAUUGCCACCGCCUCGGCUGACGUCGCUGCCGACAUUGCCAAGUACACUAGCAAGAUGAUGGACGCCAUCAAGGGCACGAUGACGGAGAUCUACAACGACCUUUCCAAGAACACGACUGGAAGCACCAUCGCCGAGAUCCGCAGGCUGAGGAUCGAGAUUGAGAAGCUACAGUGGCUGCACCAGCAGGAGCUCUCGGAGAUGAAGCACAACCUGGAGCUGACCAUGGCGGAGAUGCGGCAGAGCCUGGAGCAGGAGCGGGACCGGCUCAUGGCCGAGGUCAAGAAGCAGCUGGAGCUGGAGAAGCAGCAGGCGGUGGACGAGACCAAGAAGAAGCAGUGGUGCGCGCACUGCCGCAAAGAGGCCAUCUUCUACUGCUGCUGGAACACCAGCUACUGCGACUACCCCUGCCAGCAGGCCCACUGGCCCGAGCACAUGAAGUCCUGCACCCAGUCAGCCACGGCCCCGCAGCAGGAGACAGACACCGAGGCCAGCACGGAAACUGUGGGCAAGUCUGCCCAGGGCAGCACAGCCAGCACGCAGGCCCCCACGCCCGAGCCCGCCAGCAACACGAAGGAGAAGGAGGCACCCACCGAGAAGAGCAAGGAGAGUUCUGCGACCCUCGACCUUUCUGGUUCCCGGGAGAUGCCCUCUUCCAUUCUCUUAGGCUCCAGCCAAGGCUCCGAGCACUCCCGGAGCAGCAAGUCCAGCGGCUGGAGCGGCGGCGAGGAGAAGCGGCCGGCACCCCGCACCGAGCAGAGCAGCACCCCCAGCUCCAAGAACCUCCUGCCCUCAGAGUCGCGGCUGGACGCCUUCUGGGACUAGGGCCACGGCGGCGUG